UUGGCACACAAUAUUGGGAUAAGCCAAAAGAGAAAACUCCUAGCGUUUGAGAAGAAGAAGAAAAUGGAGAAGUACUUUGGAAACGCAUACAGGGGCGACCCGGGAGUGCCACACGCCGACCCGGAACGAUUCGUGAAUAUAUGGAUCGGGUCUGCUGCUUUCUCUGCUCUUACAUGGAUCAAUCCCUACAUGUGGACUCUUUCCAAUCAAUACAACUGGCAUGACAAAGCCAUGCUUUUUGAGCAAUAUCACUGGAAGAAAGCUCUCAAGAAAAAUCAGGACUAUGAAUUUAAGUGGAACCAGUACAUGGAUAAAGAUGCCCGAGACUCGUACUACUUCAAUUGGCCUGUUUACUUUCCAUAAGUUUCUCCAAUGUAUCAGCAUGCUGCUGUUUCCUUUUGAAAUUUCUGUUGAUACUAUGAAUUCAACAUUUUUAGCCUCUGAAAAGUUUGGUGAUAUUCCAAGUGCUGCAUAUGAUUGCUUCCCUUAGUUUUCUCUAAUUAUUGGUAUUGCUGGUCUUCCUAUUUGAACUUCA